CGACCAAUGGCGGCAACUGCGAACUACCGGUAACUUCUCGUACGAGUACGUAAGCACAACGAGGUUAGCACUGAAAGUUAGUCCUCACUCGUGAUCUCUUCUGUGUUCUUUGUGUCGUUGGCAAUCAACCAAUUUUUUCGAUACAGGUUUGAAAACCCUGAAGUCAGGUGCCACAGUUUUGGUAUCCUCAUCGAACUCGAUCAUCUGAAAUACAGGUCUCUCGCAAACGAACSACURAUAACGGGAAAAAUCAAAAGCGUAACAUAGAGGAAAGRAAAUGCUGACGACGACUACUUCUUUGGGUGUCGUAGCGCCGCUACURGCAAUGCUGGUUUUUGUGCAGGGUUGUGAGAGUUUCUCGACGGAGAUAAAUAAUGUAAGGCCUUCUCCUUCGASACCUCAAUGCUAUAAGACAAGAAACAACAUAAUUAUACAACGGAUAACAAAGAAAGCCACUACGUCAUGCUCGGCGCGAAAUUCACGUGAUGAAGACUAUUACGACGAGGACGACGACUAUUUUGACGACGAUUACGAUGAGGAUUACGAUAGAAGACCGAGACGACGGAGACGACGAGGAAAUAAUGGGCCUCGCGACGAGUACGGUGAAGAUCARCUGGACGACCUCGGMUACAAUCGACGAAACGAAGAUGGAUUUCUGAACAUACCUUCGUCGUUUGGACAGCGCGAUGGAUGGCGACUUCCGGAUGCAGUGUCGAAAUCACUUUUGGCCGGAAUUUUCAUCCUGGGUGUUGGUCUUGGGGUCACAGUUGAUUCCGCCAUUAACACGAACCCAAGAGAUCUGGCCUCUCGCGAUGCCAUYGAUCAAGCCGCUCCGAACUCCAAGUUGUGCGCUGAUAUGGGCGCAAGUGCGAUGGCAUUUGAUCAACGAGUUUUUGUUUCCUUCAACCCUUUUAAUGUUUACGUAGCCCAGGCAGAUGUCAAGCCCGCCUGCGUUUUGCGCCMAGCCAAUGUUGUUCCCGUUCUGAAAAACAAGAAACUCAUCAACGACAAGGAGGUUGCUGGAUGCAAAGCUAACAUGAACACUUGGGCUUUCGUAGGAGACUUGGACAAUACACCACAACUGAGUUGCGUUUACAAGAGCGAAGACGCUCAGAACGAAUUUCUUUCCAAUCCGAAAUUUGGUAUCGGAGAAGACUACUUGGACGACGAUCGAGCUAUGAACAACAAUAUCAAAAAAAUCAAAGAUGGCAUGACUGACGCACAAAAAAUGGAACUUAGGAAGCGGGCGGCUGAAGUACCUGGGCUUGAUUAAACAUUUAAAACUGAAUAAUUCCAUACUCAUUAAUUCCASACUUAUUUCAUUUUGAUAGCGGUGACAUUCGUUUCCAUCUUGACUUUAAUCRUCUCAUUAGUCUUUUGAUCCAUCUUCUUUCGUUUCAAAAGUCAGUGAAGCUCCAUUCACACAAAAUCUCGGAAGGUAUCCGUCGACUUUUCGCCCUCUCGGAUCUGAAGAGGGAGCGGUCUCCAAUAAAGUUUUAUCUACCUUGCCAGGAAGUGGACCAUCUAGGAAGACAUGCCCCAAGUGUGAAUCGCACCUCCCGCACGUACACUCAAGCCUACCAUCCCACUCCUUCUUGUAUCCAAUGCUGCCGUCCUUGAUGGAUCGCCAAAAGGAAGGCCACCCCGACCCUGAAUCAUACUUUCCACUGGAUUCAAAUAAUUCGUGCCCGCAAUACGCACAGCU